AUGGCGGCCGUUGCUGCUCUCCGCAACAGGAUAAGAGAUGCAGAGCAGGUGGCGGCAACCCCGGAGACGUUUUUGCGCGCCGCCAACCUGCUGAUGGCCGCGGUCGUGAUACACUCCGGUUACGGCUUGUGUGCCAGCCUAAUCGGAUUGCGGGGGGACCUCGACAGGCCGCUCGCCAAGGACGAGCGCCGCGUCUCCAAGAUCGACGCCAGUGUUGACCGCGUUGACGCAAGUUUUGACGGCCUCGGCGCCGAGAUCGACGCCAAGCCGGACAAAAGGUUUGACCGCGUUGACGCCAAUUUUGACCGCCUUGGCGCCAAGAUCGACACCAGUUGUGGCCGCCUCAACGCCAAGAUCGACGCCAAGUUCGACGCCAGUUUUGACCGCCUCAGCGCCAAGAUCGACGCCAGUUUUGACCGCCUCAACGCCAGUUUUGACCGCCUUGACGCCAGUAUUGGCCGCCUCGGCGCCACGAGCAAUGCCAAGUUUGACGCCCUUGUGCAGCAGCAGCACGCGGCUUUCCACCCGC